AUGAUUUCUACAGCAGAUGAAACCCCAAUUUAUGCUGAACUUGGAUUGGGACCAAAUCCAAGCAAAAUGGAUAUGGCAACUAAGGUUCUCAAGAAAAGUUAUCACACUUUUCAAAAUACAGCGUUAGAAUUUUCAUUAGUUUACUCAGGAUGCUUAAUUAUCAAUGAUCUUGUUGAUAAAAAGCCUAUUCAAUGGCGUAAUAACAUUGUUACAGCUACAACUUACAGUUUAAACAUCGCUACUUCAUUAGCUUUAGCAGAAAUUAUUAAUGACUCCAUUGCAUUACAUAGAGGUGAACGUAAAAUUUAUGAUUCAAUCAUUGCAUCUACAAUCUCUGGUGGAAUUGUUGAAAUUCCACAUGGCGCAAGUGCUGUAUAUCGUGGCGCAGUUAGUGGUGCACUCUGGUCAUCAGCCAUGGCUGGAAUGCAGUACGUUUUUUCAAAGUUUUUAAGUGAUAAACCAGAUUCAGAAAAUAAAUAA